AUGGAAGCAUAGUUUGCAGAUUCAUCUGCAAAGCUUACUGAGAAAGUGAAAAUGCAGUGCAUAUAAAAAAAAAAAAAAUCUGUGAUAAUCCAGACAUCCUGGAUGAAACUUAAUGUAACUCUUAGAGAAAAUACAGCUGUCUUGAGUCCAAUCUAAGGCAUACAUAUCAAAGACAAAUACAAUGGAAGAAUUUAUUUUGAAAAUAAUGCCUCAUCUUUGGAAGAUGCACUUUGGAAGAUGAUGGUCUCCAUUAUAAGCAACAUUUUCUCCAUUGUAACUGACCCAGAUGGAAUUUUGAAAAAGGUAAUACAAACUACUCAUUCAACAGAUGCUUUUGAAGUGUCUGAGAAACAAAAUAAUCCCAUGUUUACCAAGUCAGGAGGAAAUGUUGCUUUUACUUGCCCUGAUAAAAUUGGAGAUUCAGUGCAGCAAGCGAUGUGGGAGAGGAUUAAAGCAGAUUGGGUAGAUUUUGUCUUUCUGUGCAACUCAUCAGGAGAGCAAAGCUUUUUUGGUUUAGAAUUCAAAGAAUGUACACCAGUGGAUUGCUCUGAUCAGGAAAACUCCAGGUUUGUCUUUCAAAACAUUACAGCCUCUGACUUUGUGAUAUACUUCCAUGUAGUUGCUGGGAGAAAAAAACCCCAUAUGAUGAAUUUUACUGUGGCUGCAGCUUGGGAUCGCAAAUGGUUUAUUACCUACCUAGCUGAAAGGAUUUCUGCUGCUGUUUUGGGUUUAGAUUUCCUACUGAUCUUCUGCAUCACCACUGCUUAUCACAAAAAAGUGAAAAGGAGGAUCACAGAUGCUUUAUCGAAAAGCAGAGAAAGAAGAGGAGAAGAAUCAUCAGUCAGGCAGACAGAGGAGAUUUAUGUCAACUGCAAAAACGUCUCACACAAACAUAAGAAAAGAUCAUUAAGUUCUUUCUUAAGAAUGAAGCAACCAAAGCACAGGCCUUUUAUUUACAGAAUAGACUUUAUUUUCUCUGUGCUGGCAAGAUGUGGAAGGUCAAACUGGCUGUGCUGGUACUGCCUGAGCUGCUUCAGCAGGACAGUGAUGAGACCCUGGCUGUGCUGGUGUUGUAUUGCAGCCUGCAGAGUUACCCUAUCCCUUAAUUCAUAUGCAGGAUUAGAGACUAUUUGUCCUUCUGCAAUAGAAACACUUUUUCCUAGUAGGUGGACUCUUAAGGAUCAAUUGUAGAACAGCUCUAAUAUGCAGAAUGGAGCUGCAUAUGUUUACAUAAAGUUAAUUUGGUCUGAGAAAUCUAUGUGUAUGAGAAGCCUAUGUGACAGGGUGAGAAAGAAAAUGUGUUUGAUGUUGUCUAUGUUCAUGGUUUUUGCAUCUCAAAUUGGGAGCUCUAUAGAAUAAUAAAUACCCAUGAUUUUCCACACAGGAGGUGUUAUUUUGCUGCCGGGCAAACAGUGCUAUUCAGCUGACAAAAGCAAAUUUAUCAGGGCUCCUUGAACCUAGAUUUAAAAGUAUGAACAGCAGCUUGGUAUCUGACAGCUUUGUGGUUUUACAGGCUUCUUGCC